AUGGACAAAUUACACGUGAAGGAUCAGAAUAAGGUAAAGCUUCCAGAAGAGAAAGCAACGACAAGCAAAAGUUCAGCUGCUACCGCUGCAGAGAUUUUUACAUCUAAAAAAGAUAGAAGUGAAAUGAAUUCUCUCAGUCUUACCGACCAAAAUGAUAACAAUAUACCGAGCACGAAUUACAACUAUUGUAAUAACGGCAAGGCUGACGGUAAAGACAUGUGUAAGAUCCGUGCUGCUGCCAUUACUACUGACACAAUUAUAAAAACUAUUAUUAGUAAUAAUGCAACAAAAAAAAGUGGGAAUUUAGAUUAUCAAGCAAAGAACGAUAAUGACAACAAAGGACCAACAAAGCCACUAACUUCGAUGAUCAUUGACAGUCAUCCGAUACAAAAAUCAUGGCAAACAGUGAUGACGGGAGCCAAUGAGUAUCAGCAAUGCCACCAUCAAAUUGUAGCACAUAUGCUACAAAAUGGAUAUUCACCAACUUAUGUACAAAUGAUGACAGGAUCCGUGAUACGAUCACAGGUAACUGGAGGAAAUGUUGAUUUCGAAAUGAGACAUGAGAAGCCUUGCUAUUGGAAAGGUGAAUUACCACCUCGUAAUUACUGUAAUCCAGUGUUCUCUAGCAAAGUUUUCAUCGGUGGUGUUCCGUGGGAUAUUACAGAAUCUGCACUUCUUGACUCAUUUUCUAAAUAUGGCUCGUGCCGAGUAGAAUGGCCCAGCAAGGAGUCGCGUCAUGCACGCAUAAAUCAACGGCGAGCUAAAAUUACCGGUUAUGUGUAUAUGAUUUUCGAAAGUGAUUUGGCAGUGAAGAAACUGUUGAAAGAUUGCUCUCAGGAAUUUGGAACAGCUGGUGAAUGGUAUUUCAAAUUGACAGCACGACGAGCCAAUGGAUUAGAAAUCAGACAGGUGCAAGUUAUUCCAUGGGUCGUGUCAGAUGCCUCAUAUAUUCUCAAUCCGAACAUUCCUUUGGAACUCAAGAAAACAGUAUUCGUUGGAGCGUUGCACGGCAUGAUUACGGCUCAGGUUUUAUUUUCUAUCAUGAGAGAUGUUUAUGGUGAUGUACUUUUUGUUGGAAUCGAUACAGAUCGUCAAAAGUAUCCUAUAGGCAGUGCACGAGUCACGUUUUCAACACAGUUAGCUUACUUCCGUGCGAUUGAAUCCGGUUACCUUGAAAUUCAUACCUCGAAAUUCACUAAAAAAGUACAGAUUGAUCCAUUUCUGGAGGAUGCCAAAUGCUCGCAGUGUGAAUGUGUUCAAGGUCCAUAUUUCUGCCGCGAAAAGAGCUGUUUUAAGUACUUUUGUCUGCAAUGUUGGGAGGUUCGUCAUGCCCUAACUGGUCCAUAUGGCGGCCACAAACCAAUGAUUCGCACACAUCGUCGACCAGUGCAGUCGGAAUCUUACAUCGCAUAUAGUGCAGCUAAUUGCACUUUUUCGUAUCAUCCGCGCACUGUUGUAUCGCAACAGUAUCUUGGCACUGUUACAUCUGAGAUUGGGAUUCAGAUGAACAUACAAUCUCCAGUUCCGGACCAUAUUGCAGAAAUUACCAAACCUGCAAGCAUGAAGUUGGCAUUUGGACAGCCGACAUAUAUGCUGCCUACUUAUUCCAACCAGCCUCUCAAGCAAGUGCAGGUAUGGGUGCCACCUGCAAAUCAACCUUCCAUCGUUUCGCAUGAAAGCAAGUUGAAAGCUCGAAGUUCAAAUUCAUUCCGUCGCGUUCCACGCAUUAGUUCAAGCUCUUCUGGAAGUCGAAAUGGACACAGUGACUCGCCUCUUCAUACGGAAAAUAUUGCUAACGGAAUGUUAUCUGCAACAUCUGUAUCAUCAAGCUUUCCGGGCGCUGAAGCUGUUUCAACCACUACAUUGUGA